AUGCUGGGGCCGUCGGCUACAAGGACUCCAACGGCAUGGUCUGCGACGCGGAGAUGGCCGACCUCUUCCUGGCGCGAACGAGCCCGACAUCAAGGGCAGCUGCAUGGGCAACAUGUUCGGCAAGUGCCUCGCGCCCUGCACGCCCGCAGAGGACGCCUCGGGCGACUGCCCCGCCGCCCACCUGGACACCGAGGCCAACCCUCCAGCGACGCCGAACGCCGAGGGGCACUGCAACUGCUGGGAGUUCUCCGAGGCCACGGGCGUGGGCUUCUGGCCGCUCGAGGGCUGCCCCGGCAGCCAGCCCCUCCCCGACAUGUGGGACAGCAAGGACCAGAGUGCGUGGACACGGUACUCGCGAAUUGGCGGGAGACUGCGGCCACCGUCACGGGGAAGGGCUACAAGUACCUCACGACCCCGCUGAUAGCGGACGACAACCUGGAGUACGCCGAGAAGUUCAUCGACGCCGCGUGCGGCUGCAGCGGGGACCCGCAGGGCUGCGAGUGCACCGAGGCCGCGUGCGGCUGCCCAGCCUUCGUCGGGUUCCACUUCUACGCGUUCGACUGCCAGCCCGAGGAGUCGGGGGGCUACAGGAAGUUCCAGGCGAAGCUGGACUACGUUGCGCGCCUGAUGGACCAGUACGAUUUCCUGAAGGGCGCCAUCAUCAAUGAGGUCGGCAUGCUGAACUGCGCGGCGCCCUCCGACGAGAUGCCGAUCUGCGUGGAGAACUCGGGGCGAUUCCCGGCGUCCGCUCAGGAGGACCACGCGUGCCCCGACGACGGCCUCGCCGAUUACAUCACCAGGCUGUUUCAGCUGGUGGCCAACGCCACGGCCAAGGACGGCCGGGGUGUCGUGAAGGGCUUCUCCUGGUUCAACAUGAACAUGGCGGGUGGAACUUACAACCUGCAGCUCUUCAACAAGGACGGCACAGUGAAUGCGGCAGGCAAUGCCUACAUGCAGAGUUGCGAGCGGUGGGGUGAGCAGCAGAAGAAGCGCUGA